AUGAUCGAGCAAGAUAUCUACCUGGAAGAAGUAGAGUCCGAGGAGCCAUCACAGUUCAGCUCAUCGACCGACUUUUUGGCGUAUGGACGAAGUUCUCUCCCUGCAACAAAUACGAUUUAUCGAAUCGAGAAGGAAAACUCAGCUCAUCCAAGCAAUGGCAAGCAAGAGGCUCUCACUUACAAGAAUUUACCGUUGGCAUCGAGCUCUACAGGUCAGCAAAACUAUGAAAUGGUGCACAGAACGGCAUAUCAGCAAAGCCUAUCAGUGCCACGGAGACCCUCAAAAAAAAAGUCGAACCUGGGGUUGAAGAAACCAUGUAAUUGCACAAAGUCCAUGUGCUUGAAGCUCUACUGCGACUGUUUUGCCAAUGGAGAAUUUUGCCGCGAUUGCAAUUGCAAGGACUGUCACAACAAUAUGGACUACGAAGCUGAAAGGUCACGGGCAAUCAAGCAAUCGUUGGAAAGGAAUCCACAGGCGUUUCAGCCUAAAAUUGGAGUUGCGCCGAAGGGUCAACUAGAAGCAGAGCGUCUCCAUCAAAAAGGUUGCCACUGCAAGAAGUCGAGUUGUCUGAAGAACUAUUGCGAAUGUUAUGAGGCAAAAGUAGCCUGCACUGAUCGAUGCAAAUGUACAUCAUGCCGUAACACCGAAUCGGACAGAAUAGCCAAGGCUCAACUGGCAUCAGCGCGUGAAUCAUCGCGUGUAACAUCAGCUUCACUGCUAAGCGUGGCUUCUGGAUCAUGUAUCUCCACUACUGCGUCUGCAUCGAGAUUUUCCGAUGAAGAGUCGGAUUCAGAUGAAAGAAGUGAUCCAAAGACCAGACCAUGGUUCUAUCUACGCGAUGAAGUCAUUGAAGCUACGACCACUUGCUUAGUGGCGCAAGCAGAUGAAUUGGAAAACUCUGAUAGUGCCGAGGAAAUUUUGGAACACGGAAUUCUUCACGAAUUUGCCAACGCGAUACGGAAGAUUAUCGAACACUCACAAAUGGCUGGUUUGGACGUUGCUCAACAAGAUUUAUUUCAC